UUAUUAUUACAUUAAAUCAAGAAUGUGCUGGUAUAUAUGUAUUGUUCUAAACCUUAUAGCUUUUAUUGGACUGGGACAGGCACGAUUUUUACCUGAUUUUUUCUAUUGGCCAGGAGUUUGUCCACCGCAUGCACCUAGAACGAAUUGUUAUCCAAACCCAUGCCUUGUGCACAGAUGUCCAUUACGACCUGAUGCAAUAUGCGAACCAAAUUAUUGUGGAGGGUGUAGACCGGACUUCUUUGACGAAUCGGGAAGAAAAAUUCCAUUAGAAAAAUGCUUCGAUUUUUCAUGCAAGCAUCAAAUUCCAUCCGCAAUCUGUCCAGAGUUGAUAAAAAAAGAUUUCAGAUGUGAACAACACCCAGAUGCUAUUUUCAUUGAACCAAUGGAAUGUAGUUCCUGUGGCAUAUUUUUCAAAUUCGGCAGACGUUUGCUCACUCAUGAAUGUCGAAAAAGAGAUGUUGAUGGCUGUGGGUAA